AGGUUUGAAGUAGGCCUUAGAAUCUGGGGAGAGAGUCGACUGGGGGGUGUAAGGAUGCUGAGCAGAGCCGCCGCCCCUGCUGGGGCCGGAGACCGUGGACUUAUGGCAGCAGUCUGCAUGGCUGGGCGAGUUUCUCCAGCAGUGCUCAACAGCACAGAUGAGGGGUGGAGGGGUGUGGAGGAGAAUGAGAAUGGACAGAUGUGGCGGGUGGGGUGGAGAGAGCAGGGAACUGCGACAGGGGGCACUGAGGUGAGAUGUUAGGGGAUCUGGCUGGAGAGGGAAGAGUGAAGCCAGGGUAGCUGGAAGAACCGAAAGGGGAUGGGGAAGGGAUUUGACUGAGACUGAGACAAAAGAGGGUGGAUGCAGAGCCUGUGAUCAGAGCUGGAUGUCUCACUUGAAGAUGUCAGAGGGCCUAGUCCAGGUGAGGGCGAGUAAGAAUAGCCAGCUGAAAUGAAGCAGACAUGAAAGUCACCUGCCUCCAACAGGUCAAAGAGCUACUCACUCAUUCACUCAUUCAACAAAUAUUCAUUAAGCACCUACUAUGGCCAAUUCCUGUGCAAAAUACACGUAGGGAUGAACAAAACUUGGUUCCUUCCCCCUAUGGGGCUCACUGCCUCAUCGGGGAGACAGAUUCACACCAUGACACAUUAUAUGGUGACUGUACUGUACGAAAACACCCAGGUGUGGCGGGAGCACACAGAGGGGGCCUCACCCAGGAAAAGACGAGGUGACAGCAAAGCUGAGUCUUAGGGAUGGGUUAGGAGUUACCCAAGCAAAGGACAUGGGAAGGGCUCUCCAAGGAGAGGAGAGAGCAUUCUCUCAAGGAGAGACCAGCAUAGAGUGUUCCAGAACCACUGGCCACUUGGUGAGGCCGGAGGGUAAAGGACAAGGCAAGGAGUACAGAGAAGAGAGAUAAGAGGAACAGGAUCCCAGAGGGCCAGGCAGAGAGCUCACAGAGGAGACAGGACGCUUUGAAGGGAUUUUAGCGGAGGAGCGGCAGGAUCAGAUUUGCAUUUUAGAAAGAUCACUGGGCUGCUGCGUGGAUAAUUGAUUGGAGCGGAGCAAGGGAGCAGACGGAGAGAGUGGUUAAAGGCUGCAGGGCAGAGGGGUGGCAAGAAGAGGGCACAGCCAAAAGAUAUUUAGGAUUCAAAAUCUGCAGGACUUGAUCCCUUUGCUGGAUGGGGGCAGGGAGGAAAGAAGGGUCCAGGAUGCCUCCCAGGUGCCAUCAGCUGAGCUGGAGAAAACAGGAGUGCAUUUGGGGGUGCGAGGAGACAUGAGGAUCUCAUUUUGAGACAGGUUAUGUGUGAGGAGCCCGAGGACAAGCAGGGGACAUCCACUGGGCAGGAGGAUACGGCCAGGGGUGAGAACAGGGCACCCAGAUGUGAUUAAGAGGUGAAGACUAUUAUUUUAACAACAAGGCAGGUUCUUCUUUGGGAGGGAGCUCCUUAGUUUGAGAAAAUAGCUUGAUACGCUGCUGGGAGUUAAAGGGCAGAGCCUGGAGGGAGUGGGGGCAGUGACUUCAGGGCAGCAUAGCCGCAGAAAUGGUUAAGCUGCCCUGAGUGAGACAUGGAAGGAACUGUUUUGGCCCCGGAGAAGGAGGAGAGCAGAGAAUGGAGUGGAGAGGGGGUGAGAAGGGAGGAGGAGGACAGGAAGAAGUGGGUGAAGGGCCAGUGGAAAUUCCCAGCUGGCAGAAGUGCCCACUGCCACGUGUGCCAUCUGACUAGCUGUGGCGUAAACCCCUCCUCCGUGUGCCCCCUCUGCUCCACGCAGGCCCAUGACCUUAGUAAAGUUGACUCUAUUCCCAUCUGCUUUCUGGGAGUGGGGUUUUAGGUGGGAAUGGGGGAGGCGGCUUCAGUGCACAUCUGGGCUUACGGGGCACAGAAUAGUAUGAGCACAUUUGGAGGCAGAGCCUACAGGCAGAGGGGGCCAGGAGCCCCCCAGAAAUGUACAGGACCCCCCGAAGCAGGCCUUGGACUUAGGGUAUCUAAGUGAUCUUGCUCUACCUAAGCUGACACUGGGGAUGUGAGGGCUCUGGAAUCCCACGCCCACCACUACUCCCGUGCCUGCGGCCCCCAGGCUGGGCCUCUGCGCACAGCAAAGUUAGGCCUAUCCAGCUUGGAAACCUGAAAGGUUCCAGCUCAGCGCCCACCUGGGGGACCGCCCUCCUCCCCUAGCUGUCAGGUGAGCUCAGGGUGGAACAGGCAUGUGAGCACCACUCCUCAUGCCACCGCAACACCUCCCACCCACCGAGAUACACAUAACCCCCUCAUCCCACUCCCUGGCAGUCUGACCAGCACAGUCCUUGGGGCAGCAGCAUGGUGGACGAGCUACAGGUUGGGGCCAGAGAAGCCUCUAGGCAGUAAGACGGCCAGAGCAGGCCAGAGAGAAGAGACCAGAGGAGACAGAGGAGAUCAGAGGCAGGAGAAGCAGAGAGAGGUCCUGGGAGCAAAGGAGGCAACAGCUGGGUACCAGGACCUGGACACAAUGGAGCCAGGCAGAUGCUGCUUGCCCAAGAUGCUGCCGUGCCGGUUCUGGACGGCCAUCAGCAAGGCGCUGUUUGCUGAGUUCCUGGCCACAGGGCUCUACGUGUUCUUUGGCGUGGGCUCAGCUCUGCGCUGGCCCUCAGCACUUCCCUCAGUGCUGCAGGUCGCCAUCACCAUCAACAUGGCCACGGCCAUGGCUGUGCAGGUCACUUGGAAGGUCAGCGGGGCCCACGUCAACCCUGCUGUGACGCUGGCUUUCCUCGUGGGCUCCCAGAUCUCCCUGCCCCGUGCUGUGGCCUAUGUGGCUGCCCAGCUGGCUGGAGCCACAGUGGGAGCUGCUCUGCUUUAUGGGGUAACGCCAUGGGAUAUCCGAGAGACCCUUGGGGUCAACAUGGUCCGGGACAGCAUCUCGACCAGCCAAGCGGUGGCAGUGGAGGUGGUUCUGACCCUGCAGAUGGUGCUCUGUGUCUUUGCUUCCACGGACAGCCGUCAGGCCUCAGGCUCCCCGGCCACCGUGAUUGCAGCCUCUAUGGCAGUGGGCCACCUCAUUGGGAUCUACUUCACCGGCUGCUCCAUGAACCCAGCCCGCUCCUUUGGUCCUGCCGUCAUCGUGGGGAAAUUCACAGUCCACUGGAUCUUCUGGGUGGGACCCCUAACAGGGGCUGUCCUGGCUUCACUGAUCUACAACUUUAUCCUGUUCCCUGACACCAAGACCCUGGCUCAGCGACUGGCCAUCCUCAAGGGCACCGCAGAGGUGGAGAAAGUGGCAGGGGUAGAGCCCCAGAAGAGAGAAUCUGAGUCCAAUUCAAGGGACACUGAAAUGGAGAGUGUGGGUCAGAUUGCAUAGAACUUGGCCCCCGCCCUCAGGCUUCUGAGAGGAGCCCUGAAGGUGGGUAGCAUGCUUUGUAUGACCCGACUUCAGGUUUGGGGGGAAGGGCAGGAUAAUGGGUGGGGGGGUGCUGCUUGCAAGAGGGGAGGGGGAGGCUUGGCCUUUUGUCCUGACGGGGUGGGCAGGGGAUGCCAAUCCCUAUCCUGGCAUUACAUUUCUAGGUAGUAAGGAUGUGCGGAGCAAAUCUGUGCAGUUUGCUCCUCCUCCAUCUCUUAAUGGGAGACAGCAGAGGGAGGCAGGGGAAUUCCUGAUCGCCCUCCCCUUCUCUCACCCGUCUGGAGACCAGUGGGGUCCUGGGCCUCCGGAUCCUCAUGUCUUGGAAAAAAGGGAAUUGGAGCCCUGAUGGCCACUCUGCUUAGAGACAGAGCUAUAGGGACGGAGCUCAGGGAACCCCAGCUUCUCACCUCACCCUUGGGGAGGAGGGGCCAGAAUUCCCAGAAGAAUCAGGCCCUGGAACAGCCUCUGAAGUCCUAUGCACCACCAGCACCCCCUGCCCCAGCAAGACUGAGGGGCUUCCUGAGGACAGAGAUUGCCCUCCCUAUAAAUCUUAAUCCCUCACUCCUCCAAAUGCUCAGGAGAGGACCCCUCCUUGGGAAGAACUGACACAGACAGGAACCUGUUCUCCGGCUGGCAGAGGGGCAGGCUAUAGGCAAGGGCAGUUUGGGCCAGAGAGACCUUUGCCCAGGUGGGCUCUCCCCAGAUGUUUGCCCACCUUCCACCCCACAGCCCCAUUCACAGGAACAAUUUUGAGAGGGAAGCCUCCAUCCCAGCCCUCAGUCCAUGACCUGGGCCAGAAGACAUCUCCAGCCUCAUUCUCAGCUCUGCCGGGAUCCCCCAAAAGCUGUUGAAGAAGUCCCAAGGAUGGGUCAUUCCAAGGGAUGUUAGGAACUUAGGAAUGACCCAGGAACCCAAGAUUCGCAGUUCCGUGCCUCUGAGGGACUCAAGUCUCAACUGGUUUGUUAAUAUUUACAAGCCACUGUAAAUCUACUCUCCCCAUGACUUGUCCUAUCUGGAUCUCAGCUUCCCAGCUGUACAAUGGGCACAGUCCUCUCCCAGGGACUGCUGUGAAAACAAAUCAGACAUUUGAAAAUGUUUUUGGAAGUUAAAAUGCUAGAAAACAAAGCCAAUAAAUGAUGAUUAUUGUUGCUGUUACUGUAA